AUGGCGACGAGCUCCGCUACAGACAUAUAUAUGGUCAUUGAGGAGACAAGGAGAACUCCAUUCACAAACCGAAUCGCCAGCGCAAGGCUACACCAUGUUGGGAAACUCAAAUUUCCCGAGUACGCUGGGAAUACAGACCCGAAAGUUCAUGCUGGCUACUACCGCUUCUUUGCCAAAAAUCUCACUGGGGCCGCACUUGAAUGGUUCGCAGGCCUCGAGGAAAACUCAAUCGACAACUUCACCCAGUUGUUGUCUGCAUUCCUCAAACAAUACUCGGUUUUCAUUGAAACGAGGGUUACCGAGACAGACCUCUGGAAUCUCAAACAAGCGCCCUUCGAGCCAUUAAGAGCGUACAUAAACAAGUUCAGGGAAAUCAAAGCCAAGAUCUCGCACCCAAACGAAGUCAUGGCCCUGGCGGCGUUAAAGGACGGCGUCUAUUUCUCAUCCAAAUUCAGGGAAGAAAUGGCAGGGCGGGCACCAAUCUCGUUGGACAAUGCACUACACCGAGAUUCCUACUUUGCAACCCACGAGGAGGAGACCAGCGAGGAUACCGAAGAAGAAGAGGAAGAGCCAGCGACUCCAAAAUCUAAUCGAAAAGCUAAAGGCUCUUCGAAUAAAAGAGGCAGGGAAAGCGAGCCAGAGCCGCCUAGCUCUCCACCCCCAGCGCCGAAGAAAAGAGUCGACAUGAUCUUGUGGGGGUCAGAAAGCCAUACACCUAACAGAAUCGAGGGACAGACCAAAGGAAGAGUAUGCAUCGACAUUACGGUAGCAGUCCGAACACUGAAGCACCUCAAUGAAGCUACUCCCCCUAGUAUUACUCGAUACAACCCAAAUGCAGGGUCUCCCUUUAGGAAAAUCCCCAACUUCAAGCGAAAGCAGAAGAUGGCCAGAAUCCGUGAACUGCUAGAAAGACCAAUUGCCCCACAAAUUCAGAAGAAAGACAUCAUGCGAACCCUUAAUCGCAACAUGUCUGGGGGACAGAGACACUACCGACCAACACCAACCAAAAGAUGGAAUUUUCCGACGGACAACAAAGGCAAACAACGAAUCGACUUUAUCUACAGAGGCUCUAAAUUUUGCAACUCGGUUAACUCCAUCAAAGCAUACCAACGAAGAGCCGAAAAGAGCAUAGGAGUCAGAGAGCCUCUAUCAGGUCCCAACCAUGAAAUCAUCUUCGACAAAAAUGAGACUGCAGAUCUUGACAAACCACACGAUGACGCUCUAGUAAUACGACUCGACAUCGGCGGCUGCGAACUAUCUCGAGUAAUGAUCAACACCGGUAGCUUGGCUGAUGUCCUCUUCUACGACGCGUUCAAAAGAAUGGGGUUCAGCAAAGCACUCCUCAAGCAAGAACGAACCCCUCUGAUCGGGUUCGCAGGGGAAACCACCUACUCCCUUGGGUCAAUCGAGCUCGCUGUAACCGCCGGAGAAGUCAGAAAAAAUCGUGGAAUUCAUCGUGAUAGACCAUCCAGCCCCAUUCAACGCAAUCCUUGGAAGGCCCUGGCUAUAUAA